GCGGCAUUGUUGAUUUAUACAAUUGCUAUCGUAAGUAGUGUCAGGCUUCCACAGCUGUGCUCCGUAAAUCCAUUCCAUCUAUCGCUUGAUAGGAAGUAUUGAAGAAAAAUUGAGCUGCCACGGCACAAACUUUGCCAACUCAUAAAGGUACAGCAAACCGUUUCGAGUGCGUUUAUUUUUUUUGCAAUAGGUUAUGAUGUCGAAAAGAAAAUAUUCGAAAGAUUCGGUUUCAUCGGAUGUGGAAAUUAUAGAUACUAUUGAUUCAGGGAGCGAUGGGUCCUCAUCUGAUCCCGAUAAAGCAAACAGUCGUAUAAAUAGAAAAAGAAAAAGUAUGUCUGAUUUAGGCUUACAAACAUUUAAUAAUAAUAAUGAGCGUCCACGAUGUGCUGCUAACGCAAGAGAGAGGGAUCGCACCCACAGUGUAAACAGUGCUUUUCAGGCCCUACGCGGACUCAUUCCGACAGAGCCGGCAGAUAGGAAACUGUCGAAAAUUGAAACAUUGCGAUUAGCUACAAGUUACAUCAACCAUCUGGGAACUGUGUUAUUAGUCGGGAAUGAGAAUAUCGAUCAACCAUGUAUGCACAGAACACUUUACAGACCCACUUGCGACAAUUCUCCGAGGACAAUCUGCACGUUCUGUCUCAGUCACCGUGCAAAUGCAACUAAACAUCAUAAAUCUUCAUCGAGAUCCAUUGAUCCUUCAAUUUUCAGUGCACAUCACGAAAGAAUGGCUAUGUUGAGAUGAAACUUUUACAAAACUUCGUCGACUGGUGGCGCACGUCGAACUUUUCAACAGCAGAAGAACAUUAUAUUGGCAAUGGACAUCAUUUUCCAUCAUUUCAAGCCACAAACAGCAUUUUCAUUGGUUAUGAAGCAUUUGUCUAUAUGAACAUGAUCAAUAUUAAAGCUACCCUAAACUUUCAAUCGGAACUCCCGAUAACAUGACAAGGGGACUGUGUUAUUGAUAUUAUUCGUUCACCGUUCUCUAUUGCCAUACGGUAAAUACGCCUACUAUGAAAUUGCUGUUCUGUCGAACUGAGGAUAGUGUUCAGUCGAAAGCUUUAUUCCUCCGUGCUUAUUGAGCUGAAAUUAUUUGGCAUUUUUCUUUGUCAUUGCGUGUCAGCGAAACCAUGGCAAAACGGACGGGGACGCCGGUAUAAAUCAAUCGGCGAGCAGAGCAGUUUUCUACAUUCCCAGCAGCCGGAAUAUCAGAUUUGUUUGCAAUGGGUAGAAAUUGUCGAUCGCUUCAGUGAAAAGAAACAUCACGUGGUAGGACCCAGCUGUAGUGAAUACUAUUAAUGGCAUUUGACAAAUAUACAACUCUACUAAUGGAUAUGAUAGUAUGUUGUACCACAGGGAAAAGAAUUCUUCACUACGCAUAGCUACAAACUGUCUUAUAUUUGUACUAAUUGAUUGUGAUAUAUUGCAUUACGGCUUAUCGUGAUGUUUAUUGAUGACAUAUUGUAAACAUGUGUUAUGUUAGUAAUUAAUGUAAUAAAUCUGUGCUAUAUUGAGUAUAAUGCAACAAACAAUACUGAUGAUAUUUCUCUGAAAUUAGGCGUAUUCGUUCAGUGGACUUAAGUCAUAAACAAGUACUUUGAAAUUUAUAGAAUCGUUAUUAUUAAUCGUGUUUUCAAAUUUUGAAGAUAUUUAUAUUCAAACUCCAAAUAUGAUUUUUUUCAUUCCAGCUCCUUUAUAUUAAACGUUAAUAGAUUCAGAUAGCAAAUAUGAAUUUACUUGAAAUUAACAACUCUGAUGCCUACAAAAUCCAAACCAAAAGUAGGUAAUUCCAUUAUAUGUAUAUAUAUAUAUAUAUAUAUAUAUAUAUAUAUAUAUAUAUAGGACCUGACGGUCAAGAUUUCCUUUAUUUCAUUAGGCCUAAUCGUAAAAGGUAUCAUGAAAAAAGUCAGCCGUAUACAAGAGAUGUUUUCGGUGGCAAGGUUACUUACUAGACUAUAUUCUAUUAAAAACUUGUGGGCUUCAGACAUUAUAACUAUUGGACCCACUCCCAAAUAACAUUUUGCAAUUUAAAAUAAUAUAAAUGUGAAGUUGUGUCGAUGUAGUGCAUCCAGAGUCUUCAUAUUGGUGAUUUUUUGAUUCAUGGAUUUAUUCAUGUGUAAUUUAAUGUGUAAUAUAUAUAGGGAUGUAUAAAAAUCCCGAUUUAAAACGACCGUCUUUUAUAAUCACAUUCUAGAGUCAAAACAUUACUACACCGGUAUAUAGUGAGAACUAGUAUUUGAACAUCCAACCAGUAAAUUUCAACUACAAAAUACCUCAAAAAAUGAUACGGUACUUGUUAAUAAAUUAGUUAUGUACAAGCAA